AGCUACAAUUUCAAAACAUUUAUUAUUGCAUAAGCAAUUAGACCCCUUCUAAAAAGUUACCCCCUCAAAACGAAAACUCUUACUAACAGCCACAAAAUGAUGAUGAACGCUUUUAUCGAUCCUUCACCCGCGCAACAUCAUUUGGCUUCUUAUGGUUUACGUAUGUCACCAAAUACCGCUAAUCAACAAACUGAUAUCUUAGGCAAUCCACAACAACAGCAACAACAACAGCAGCAACAACAACAGCAGCAACAGCAACAUGCUCAGCAACAGCAAUUGGAUCCAACUCAUCAUGGUCUCAUGUCGCUUGGCAAUACUGCUGAUAUAUCUGCUAGCAUGUCGGCUAGCGCUGGUGCUGCCACAUAUCAAAACACUGGUUACGGUCACUUCAAUACACAACUCGGCUCAUAUUCCUCACGUGACUUUCUGCUCGGACGUCGUAGCGAUAAUGAUUACAUGUCCUCUACUGCUAGCAACCAAUUGGUUGGUCAAAGUGCUGCCACUGCCAGCGCGGCCGAUUCUAUGUUAUUUCCAACAUUUCCCGCUACACAUGCCAAUCAUCCGGAUCUAACCACAUCCUUUGGCAAUCAUCCUUUUCAUCCGCAUCAUCAUGCCGCUGCAGCGCAGCAUCAUCACCAUCAAAUGCGCAUGGGAAUGGCGGAUUAUGCGCAUCCAUACGCUGCCGCACAUCAUGCCCAACAUCACACAAAUUUCCCGUCGGUACAUCAUCAUCAACAUGCAAUGUCAAUGCAUCCAGCUGGAGCUGGUGCAUUUCUACGCUAUAUGCGCCAUCAGCCAACUGCUGCCUCGGCCAUCAAACAGGAAAUGCAAUGCCUGUGGGUAGACCCCGAUCAACCGGGUGGACCAAAUGCACGCAAAACCUGCAAUAAGAUAUUCCAUUCAAUGCAUGAGAUCGUCACACAUUUAACCGUCGAACAUGUUGGCGGUCCCGAAUGCACCACACACGCUUGUUACUGGAUUGGCUGUUCGCGCAAUGGACGUCCUUUUAAGGCUAAGUACAAAUUAGUCAACCAUAUACGCGUACAUACCGGCGAAAAGCCAUUCGCUUGCCCACACCCUGGUUGCGGCAAAGUAUUCGCGCGUUCCGAAAAUCUAAAAAUACACAAACGUACUCACACCGUUAGUUCAUGA